UGUUGUAUCUAGUUUUAAUCAUUCUAUUGAUUAUGAAACGCUGGGAAAGAUGAUUUUGUCAUCUGCAUAGAAGAACAAUAUCACCUUUGACCAACCAAUGGAUUAUAACACUUAAUUUAGAAAAACGUAUCUAAUACUGCAGUACAAAUAAAAUGCGUUUUGUUCAAACUUGUCAACUUUUAGAUCUCUCUGCUUCAGCACCCCUGACUCCAAUAUUAGCUCAUUAGCAGCUUGCUGUAACUGCAUGCUAACGAGACACUUAAGUCAAGGAACAAAUCUAAAAGUUGCAGCACCCUUAGGUCUCCUAUAUCAGUUUGAGACUGCCAGUAUAAGAGAUUUGUUUCAAAUGUGCUUGUUUGAAAUGAUAUAAAAAUGUAAUAAGCUGCACAAAUGGAUGGACGUCAUCAUUCUAUUCAGCUCAGUGAUGCUGGUUCAAUGACAUGUUGCUGAGUCGAGAGGGAGGAAGUGAUUUUGUUUAUCAGGGUGAAACGGUGUGUUCCAAAAACAUGAAAAAAACAAAAGCUCUUGCAUAACAAAAGGGGAAUGGGCGACUCCUGAAUCAACCAUAUUUGUUGUGAAACUUUAUAGUUUCCCAUCCUUUGUGGGGUUUCAUGUGGAUGUGAAAGCUUUCUGUGGUGACAGAUUUGUGACUCAUCAGAGGGUUUGGUCGUAGUAUUUCAGCGAAGGGAGAGAAAAGGGGAGAUAUUUGGCAUUAAGGUCUCCUGCUGUGAAGAUGCUGGCAUUUCUCCUUCUUCUGUUAACAUCCCUAAAAGGUGGAGAUGCCCAACGUGUGAUCGGCCGGAGUAAAGAUGGCUCCUGCCACUGUGAGGUGAACUCCACCAUGUGGUCCUUCCCGGUGCUAAAGUACGAAGGUGUGCUGCUGCAGGUUAAAACCUGUGAGGGAUCUCUGAGCAGUCUGCAGGAACAGGUGUUGCUCUCCACCACUCGUCUUCCUCAGAUUCAGGCUCAAGUUGAAAAUGUGACAGCCCGACUCCAGCCCUUUCAGUACCUUCGCCACCAGGGCCUGUACACCGCGCUGUCGCUGCGCCUGCUGGGUCAAGAACUCAGCCAGCUAGAGAUCGACCUCAGUGCAGUCCACACCCAGCUGAACAACACGCAGACACAGAAACUUUCCACAGAGGUGGGUAAACUGCGGAAAGAUGUAGAAAAGAUGCAAAUCUCAGACACUAUUAAUCUAAAGACCGUGAAAGAAAAUUUCCGCUACCUGAAGAACAGCGUGGAGUCCUGCAAGACAAUUCCCAAAGACUUUAAAGGCCAGCACAGGUACUGCAUGAAGGGUCUUAUUACCAAUAUCAGUGAACCUGUUACAACCAAAAUCAGUCCCUAUGGUAAGAACUACAUCUCUGGAUCAUGGGGCAGACAAGCGCAGAUGGACACAGAGGGAGAGAAGGACAGCUACUGGGUUCAAACUCUGCUCAGCAGCCACAUCUAUGGUAACACCUUCCGUGUUUACCAAACCUACGAAGACUUCAUGGCAUCUGUCAACCAUAAGGACUACACCCUUGCCCCAUCCUACACUCAUGCUGAUGCCGUCGAGGGUCCAAGCGGUGUCCUGUACGGUGAAGCUCUGUACUAUCACUGCUUCGGCUCUACCGACGUCUGCCGCUACGACCUGAAGACCAACUCUGUCAAGCGGGCAACCAUUCCAGGUACUGGUGUUGGGAUCAAAAACAAGUUUCCAUAUUGUUACUAUGACUGCCGCUCGCAUAGCGACGUGGAUGUGGAGGCCGAUGAAACCGGGCUGUGGGUGAUCUACACCACUCUUGGCAACCACGGUAAUCUGGUAGUGAGCAGGUUAGUUUGGGAUGGCGAAGCUCAGGUUCUCAACGUGACACAGAUCUGGGAGACGAGGCUUUUCAAGAAGGCGGUAAGCAACGCUUUCAUGGUGUGUGGUGUGAUGUACGCCACUCGUUAUGUGAACGAUUACAGAGAGGAAGUAUUCUACGCCUUCGACACAGCUACUGGUAAAGAGGACAACUCUCUGGCUCUGCCACUGGAGAAAGUUGCUAAAGGAGUGGCUAGUCUGAGCUACAACCCGGUCAACAGGCAGAUCUACAUGUACAAUGAUGGAUAUCUUCUGGCCUAUCAGGCUUACUUUUGAUUUCAUGGAAUAAUUUUAUUUUUGAGCUAAAUUGAUUCAACACAACACAAAUAUUACUCAAAAACGAUGCUGAAUGAGCAAAAGUGUUGGCUAAACAACAACGUUUGUUAGCCAAUCAAAGAUGUUAGCCAAAGUGUUGACUUAUCAAUAAUGACAAUGCCAUUUCAAAAAUGUUGUGGUAUAAUUAAUAAUGGUCCAUCUGUAAUGUGUAAUGUUUGUUAAUCCUGCAAUACUAUUUGAAUAAAGAUGUUGGUUAUCUAACAAAUUUUACCAAACAAUAUUGUCAGAGUUUAUCUUAAUAAAUGAUAAAUCUCUUGUUUUAAAAAGCA